CAUAAUUUAUGCAUAAAAAUUUUCAAUUUAUAGAUUUAUGAAUUUUUCGGGUCGGGUCACCGGGUUGUCUGGCGGGCUACCGGAUUUUGCAAAACCCCAAUUUUCUGGUAAUGGCAAAACCCUAAACCCUUAACAACAAUGUCGAUUACUCUCUCAUUUUUCUCAUCUUCAAUUCCCACUAUCAAGAAAACCCAUAAAAUCUCCUCAAAUUUUCCUUCAAAUGCUUUCUCUCAUAAUCAAAUUCUUGAUUUUCCCUCAUCUGUUGCCAGAAUUAAGCCUUUGAAACUCGAAUUGAAACACAAAUGUUGUGGAAUUUUCACUAGUGAUUGUGGAUUUCAGUUACGUAGGAAAAAUGGGUUUAUUGUGGAAGCUGAGAGUAGUGGAGUAGAUUAUGGGAAUAGUGUUGAUAAAGCUGAAAUUGAUGUUCGUGGAGAGAGCACAAUGCCUGAUAGAUUCAGAUACUUGACUAAAGAAGCUCCUGAUAAGCCUGUUAGAUGGCCUUGGUUCAUAGCAUUAGCCUUUCUUCUAUAUGCCUGGAGGACUGUCUUAUGGGAACUGGGUAAUUGGAAAAAGGCUGUGGAUGCUGUCUUCCGAUUUCUCGGUUACAUCUCGAAACUUGCAUUCGCUGUUGUAUACUACUUCAUAGGGGAUCAGAUCACAGCUGUAAUUAGAUUUAUUGAAUCAUCAAUUUAUUCCAUUCGAGCUUUCUACUCCAGUGUAAUUGCAUAUGCACCAGUACAAGAGCUGACAACAAUCAUCAUUUUGGCCUCUUGUGUUCUUGCUAUUGGUGAAGCGGCAGCUCCAGAUUCUGUGAACAGCCAACCGUACCUUCUUACAGCAGCUGGAAUAAUGGGAUUUGCUGCUGUGAGAGGUUAUAUUUCCGAGCUGUUCUUUUGGUUUAUACUCUUAGGCUUGUUUUUCUUUGCUCGAUUUAUCAAAAAAAGAGAUUAUGUGUCUUCCGCAAUGCCUGCUGCUGCUGCAUUAGCUGCUGUGGGAGAACCUUGGGUUAGACUGGUAGUAAUGGUCUCUUACGCAGCUUUGGCCAUUCUGCAAUACUCUAAAACACCUUUCAAUAAAAGUGAAGGGGAAACUAUCGGUGCAGUUAGGAAGGUCCCGGUUCCUCUGAUAUGUGCUGCACUGGCCAUUGGUGUUCGACUUGCUGCAAAAUGGGCUGGUUAUCGACAUUUGACUUGGAUGAUCGUUUGAUAUGCACCCCUUUCGAGCUGGUAGAGCAUAUUUAGUUGUUAGUUUCUACAGUGAGAGCAUGUUCUCUCAUUUGGCAGAAUUGCUUGUUGUUUCUCUUUUUAUUGCCUGUCCAGUUCUUUUUGUACAACUUAGAGCUUAUUUUCUUUCAAAUUUUGCUCUUGACUGUACUAAAGUUGUAAUCUUUAUUGCCUUCUACAUAUAUGAAAUUUCUCAAUUUUGAGUUCUCUUA